CCGAGACACGCCCCACUCACGUGAUGCAGCUCGUGCGGCGAUCCUGGAAGCCGACGGGCUCAGUGGCGAACCUGGCUCUGGGUUUGGCGUCUGCGUAGUGGGGAGAUGUUCUCGGCGGGCGAGGACAGCCUGCUUCACCAAGCCAGGGAGAUUCAGGAUGAGGAGCUGCAGAGGUUCUGCUCUCGAGUCAGCAAGCUGCUGCAGGAGGACCUGGGACCAGCCACCGUGGAUGCCCUGCAAAGACUCUUCCUCAUCGUCUCAGCCACCAAGUACACCCGCAGGCUGGAGAAGACGUGUGUGGACCUGCUGCAAGCCACUCUGUCCUUGCCCACAUGCUCUGAGCAGGUCCAAGUCCUCUGUGCUGCUAUCCUGAGAGAGAUGUCACCCUCCAACAGCCUGACCCUGUCCUGUGAUCACAUCCAGAGCCCCCGUCAGCUGAGCCUGGUAGCGUCUGUGCUCUUGGCCCAGGGCGACAGAAGAGAGGAGGUCAGAAGCGUGGGCCGGCACGUCUUCACCGUCCUGGAGAGCCGGCAACCCGAGGGGCCCAGUCUCAGGCCCCUCCUGCCCGUCCUGUCCAAGGUCAUGGGCCUGGCCCCGGAGACCCUCCAGGAAGACCAGACCACCCUGCUCAACAAGAGGCUAGUAGACUGGCUGCGCUAUGCCCGUAUCCAGCAGGGCAUCCCGCACUCGGGGGGCUUCUUCUCCACACCCAGGGCGAGGCAGCCAGGCCCCAUCACCGAGGUGGACGGAGCAGUGGCCUCGGACUUCUUCACGGUGCUGUCCACAGGCCAGCACUUCACAGAGGACCAGUGGCUGAACAUGCAGGCCUUCUCCAUGCUGCAGGCAUGGCUGCUGCUCAGUGGCCCUGAGGGCCCAGGCAUCCCAGACACAGAGGACAAGUCUGAGCUGGAGGGCUCCACCCUCUCCGUGCUCUCUGCUGCCUCUGCUGGCCGCCAGCUGCUCCCUCAGGAGCGUCUAAGGGAAGUGGCCUUUGAGUACUGCAAGCGCCUCAUUGAGCAGAGUAACCGGCGAGCCCUGAGGAAGGGGGACUCUGACCUCCAGAAAGCGUGCCUGGUGGAAGCCGUGCGGGUGCUGGAUGUGCUGUGCCGGCAGGACCCCUCCUUCCUGUACCGCAGCCUCUCCUGCCUCAAGGCUCUGCGCGGGCAGCUAGGCCAGGACCCGGGCAGUGAGCGGGCACUGCUGCCACUUGCCCAGUUCUUCCUCAACCACGGGGCGGCAGCUGCCGUGGACUCAGAAGCCAUCUACCAGGACCUCUUCACCAGGCUCCCAUCUGAGCUCUUCUACAGACCUGUGCUGGCCUUCGAGGUCGUCCGGUUCUGCCGGGACAACUUUCCCCUGUUCGACCUUCACCUCCUUGGCCUUCUGAAGCUGAGCUUUCCUAACCUCUUUAAGCUCCUGGCGUGGAACAGCCCACCCCUCACGGCUGAGUUUGUGGCUCUCUUCCCUGCCCUGGUGGACGCUGGCACAGCCGUGGAAAUGCUGCACUCCCUGCUGGAUCUGCCCUGCCUGACGGCCGCCCUGGACCUACACCUCAGGUCAUCACAGAUGCCAUCUGAAAGGCCGCUCUGGGACACCUCCCUCAGGACCCCUGGCUUCCUGGAGGCCUUCCGGGACCCGCAGUUCCAGCCACUCUUCCAGCACCUGCUGCGCACCAAGGCCAGCGGCUCCACAGAGAGGCUAGUGCCACUCUACCAGCUGCUGCAGCCCAUGACCAGCUGUGCCCGGGUGGCCCAGUGCGCCCAGGCGGUGCCGACCCUGCUCCAGGCCUUCUUCUCCUCUGUAACCCAGGUUGCCAGCGGGAGCCUGACCAACCAGCUGGCACUGCUGGUCCUGGAGAGAAGCAGUGCCCUUUACCAGGUCCCACAGUACCAGGCCCAUGUGCACAGGGUGCUGAGCUCCCAGUUCCUGGCCCUUUGCAAGCAGAAGCCAUCUCUGGUGCUGGAGCUGGCACGGGAGCUCUUGGAGCUUGUGGGCAGCGUGAGCAGCAUCCAGAGCAGGGCGGGCAUGUUCACCUGUGUGGUGUGGGCCAUCGGCGAGUACCUGUCAGUGACCUAUGACCGGCGAUGCACCGUGGAGCUGAUCAACAAGUUCUUUGAGGCCCUGGAGGCCCUGCUCUUUGAAGUCACCCAGUCCCGUCCCUCAGCCGACCUGCCCCGGUGCCCACCCCAGGUUGUCACAGUACUCAUGACCACGCUGACCAAGCUGGCCUCGCGGAGCCAGGAUCUCAUCCCCAGGGUCUCUCUGUUCCUGUCAAAGAUGAGGACCCUGGGCCAGAAUGCAGCCACCAGCUCUGUGUACAGUGAGGAGGACGCGGAAGCCAUCCGCACACGUGCCACAGAGCUGCGGAGCCUGCUCAGGAUGCCCAGCGUGGCCCAGUUUGUGCUCUCACCAAGUGCAGAGGUGUGCCGACCCCGCUAUCACCGUGACACCAACACAGCCCUGCCUCUGGCCCUGCGCACGGUCAGCCGGCUGGUGGAGAGAGAGGCCAGCCUCCUGCCAGGGUGAAAGGGCCGUGACCCAGUGGACAUCGACAGGUUGACUGCAGCCCUCAGUGAAGGGCUGGGCCUGCAAGCCUGGUGUUAGGUCCCAGCCAGCGGCUUUGAUGAUAAGAGAGCAGUGGAAGGGAGAGUGGACCUGGCCCGCAGCGAUGCCUCAGCCUGGCCUCUUUCCAGCUUUCUGGGCUUUGUCUUUUAACCCUGUCCCCACAGCCGAGCUGCACUGUGGAGCAGCUGUGGGCGGUCUUGGCCUUUUCUCAGGCUCGGUGGAAGCUGAUCAAUGUCCUGCUGUUCCCUGUUCUGGGGCAAGGAGAGAUGCAGCAAAAAUAAACCUUCAGAAUGCU